AUGUUGGAGAUUUGGGUUGAUACUAUGGAUGCCAAUGAUUUUAUUGAGGUAGAAGUUAAGGUAGAUGAACCUGAAGGUCAAUGGGAAAGUGAGGUGGAGAUUGAGGUUCAACCUUUGAAUAAGGAUAAGGAGUGUGAUGUUGGAGAUUCAAUGGAAUGUGACAGUGUUAAAACAGAACAUCAAGUAGUGAAACCAAAUGAUAUUGAUGCCAUUAACUUCUCUGAUGAUGCUUUACUAAUGGAAUCUGACAGUGAUGGUGAUAGUAAAUGGCCUAUUUUUAGAGCUGCCACUGACAUGAAUGAUCCUGAAUUUACAUUAGGCAUGACAUUUGCAACCAAACAAGAGUUUAGAGAAGCAGUUCAGAGUUAUGGUUUCAAAAAUGGGAAAGAUAUUAGAACUCCUAGAAAUGACAAGGAGAGGGUUGUAGUUGAGUGUUCACAGCAUGGUUGCCCUUGGAGAAUAGGGUUGAGGAAAGUGGUUAACUCACAUUAUUGGAGGAUUCUAAACAUGGUUGAUGUGCAUGAGGCUUGUACUUGGGCUUGGGAGAAUUCCAUGGUAAAAGCAAGUGUGAUUGCUAAGAGGUGGGCCAAGGAAUUAAAAAACCAUCCAGACUGGAUGAUGAAAAAAUUCAAGGAUGCAGUGUGCAGUAAAGAGGGGUUCUAUGUAAGUGACCAACAAGCCUAUAGGGCUAUUUGGAAGGCAAAGAAACAAAGAGUUGGUGAUGAUGAAGACAACUUCAAGAGGAUUUGGAGUUAUUGUGCUGAAUUGUCAAGGACAAACCCUAAGACUAGUUAUGUAGUGAAGACUAGUGAUUUAAUUGCUGAAAAUGGGCAGAAUAGAUUCUUGAGAAUGUACAUAUGUUGGGAACCUAGCAAACAAGGAUUCAAACACUAUAGGCCUUUAAUAGGUGUGGGUAGAUGUCACUUGAGAUGUGCAACAGGUGGGAAGAUGCUGACUAUUGUGUCUGUUGAUGCUAAUGAUAGCAUUUUUCCACUUGCAUAUGCUAUUGUUGAAGGAGAGAAGAAGGAGUCUUGGUCUUGGUUUCUACAAUUACUGAAGGAGGAUUUGGAGAUAACAGAGGAUAAUGAGAAAGGAUUUUGUUUCAUAAGUGAUAAAUAUAAGGGUUUAAUCCCUGCAUUUGUGGAUGUCCUACCUACUGUGGAGCACAGAUUCUGUGUUAGCAACUUACAUGCUAAUAUGAAGGUAGCAGGGUUUCAAGGUAAUGCAUUAAAAGAUGCUUUAUGGGCUUGUGCCAGGGCAACAACUUUGAAUUCCUACAAUGACUAUUUAAGGAAACUUAGGGCAUUAGAUGAAGAUACAUAUCAGUGGUUAGGUGAUAAGUCUCCUAAUGAAUGGUCUAGAUCUCACUUCUCAACACACAACCACUUUGACAUGUUGGUGAAUAACAUAUGUGAGUCUUUUAAUUCAUCCUCACUUGUGGCUAGGGACAAGCCUAUUAUAGAAUGUCUUGAAACCAUAAGGAAGAUGCUAAUGAGUACAUUCUUUGAAAAGAGACAAAAGGCAGCUGGUUAG